AUGUCUUUGCCAUCUGAUUUCCUUUGGGGGUUUGCGACUGCCGCUUACCAGAUUGAAGGCGGUUUCGAUCAGGAUGGCCGUGGCCCAUCCAUUUGGGAUACCUUCUCGAAGACUCCAGGAAAGGUCGCUGAUGGAAAGACUGGAGAUGUCGCUUGCGACUCCUACAACAAUAUCGAUCAAGAUAUUGCCCUCCUCAAGAACCUCGGUGCCAAGGUGUACCGUUUCUCCAUCUCCUGGCCCCGUGUUAUCCCACUUGGUGGCCGAGAUGACCCUGUAAAUGAAGCUGGUAUUGCGCACUACCAAAAGUUCGUCCAGAGGCUCCAGGAAGCUGGAAUCGCUCCCAUGGUCACUCUCUACCACUGGGAUCUUCCAGAUAACCUCGACAAGAAGUACGGCGGUCUCCUCAACAAAGAAGAAUUCAGCUUGGACUUCGAAAGAUAUGCCAGAGUUAUGUUCGAGGCCCUCCCAACCGUCAAGCACUGGAUCACAUUCAACGAGCCAUGGUGCAGCGCUGUUCUCGGUUACAAUGUCGGCCUCCACGCCCCUGGAAGGACAAGCAACCGUGACGUCUCCGCCGAAGGUGACUCUUCCACUGAGUGCUGGACCGUUGGUCACAGCUUGCUCGUCGCCCACGGAAAGGCCGUCAAGGUCUACCGUGACGAGUUCAAGCCAAAGAACGGUGGUGAGAUCGGUAUCACAUUGAAUGGUGAUUGGGCCGAGCCAUGGGACCCAGAAGACCCAGCUGAUGUUGAGGCUUGUGACCGCAAGAUCGAAUUCGCCAUCUCUUGGUUCGCCGACCCAGUCUACUUCGGCCACUACCCUGAGUCGAUGAGGAAGCAGCUCGGAGAUCGUCUCCCAGAAUUCACACCAGAAGAAGUUGAACUCAUCAAGGGUUCCAACGAUUUCUACGGAAUGAACCACUACACUGCCAACUACAUCAAGCACAAGGAGGGCGAACCUGAGCCAGCUGACUUCCUUGGAAACCUCGAAACCGGUUUCUACAGCAAGGCCGGAGAAAACAUUGGACCAGAGACCCAGAGUGUCUGGCUGAGACCCAGCCCAAUUGGUUUCAGAAAGUUGCUCGUUUGGUUGAGCAAGCGAUACAACUUCCCCAAGAUCUAUGUCACCGAAAACGGUACUUCCGAAGCUAAGAGAGGCGACGGUGAGGCCGAACCACCAUUCCCAGAGAUCCUCGAGGACGACUUCCGAUGCGAAUACUUCCGAGGUUACAUCAACGCUAUGAAGGACGCCGUUGUUGAGGAUGGUGUCAAUGUCCGCAUCUACACCGCUUGGUCUUUGAUGGAUAACUUCGAGUGGGCUGAGGGCUAUGUCACCCGCUUCGGUGUCACCUAUGUCGACUACGACGGUGGUCAGAAGAGACACCCAAAGAAGAGUGCUCGCGUUAUUGGCGACCUUUUCACAUCGUUGAUCAAGACCGCUUAA